AUGGCACAUACAAGCUCCCUCUUGUGGCUUGGGCUGGCUGUGGCACUGGUGUGUCAGGGCUGCUGUCAGCACUGGUCCUACGGCCUGAGACCUGGAGGCAAGAGAGCAGCCGACAGCCUAAGCCUACAGGACACGCUGCAAGAAAUUGCAGAGGAACUGCAAAAGCUGGAUGCCUCCAGUCUGUCCAGCUGUGCUGACCUCUCCCCACAAAUCACAAUCUCCAGUCUAAAGGAGAUACUGGCAAACCUGGCUGACACAGAAACGGGACGCAAAAAUAUAUAA